AUGGACGAGGCAUCAGAGGAGCUGGUUCACCAACUUCUCCUACAAGACGUGGAGGAACUCGGAAAAUCCCCAAAGGGCAAGCAACAGGAGGGGCAAACCACUGACUUUGAAGUGGCCCUCAGUGUCUACCAGGACAACAUCCGCGCCGCCAGUGACCAAAAGAUGGCGGCCAGCAUUGCCGAGGCUUUACGAUCUGACGCUGCUUUAAUCAAGGCACACGAGGCCAUUGAGUUCCAGACCAGAUAUGACAGAGCCGUGGCCCUUUGCAUAGGCAACCAAGCAUCCGACAAUGUCGCCGCUGCUCCUAGCAAGGUCCCGCGGCCCAAGCCAGAACCCGCGAUGGACGAACAUAUGCUUCGCAAACUCGAAAGCCUCAACAACGCAUCCACGGGCGGCGAGUCCUGCUCGUGGGCGGCGAGUCGUGAUCCCUCACGUGGACCCGACGGGGAGCCCAUCGAAGUGCAGACGUGCAUUAGCUGCACGGACACUGCGCCCGUAUCUGUCAUGUACUGUAGCGCCUGUGUCAACACCUUGUACAAGGGCUGUCUAACAGACGAGUCUCUGUUUCCCCCACGCUGCUGCAAGGUGCCGUUCAACCUGGACGACGUACUGGACAUGCUGGAUAUUAAGACUGUCGGACAGUACAAGGCCAAGGAGGUGGAGUACGGGACGACAGACCGCACGUACUGCCACAAACCUCUGUGCUCGAACUUUUUGCCGCCUCUGUUCAUCAAGGGUAACGAGGCCACCUGCGUCAAGUGUGGUUCCAAGACGUGCACGCUUUGUAAGAAGGCGAACCAUACGGGCGACCCAUGUCCUCCCGACGAGAAUGUCGCCUUGUUCAAGGAGUUGGCUCAGGAGCAGGGCUGGCAGCAGUGCGAGAAGUGCAAUCGAACAGUCGAGCUGUCAAGCGGUUGCUACCACAUGACUUGUGUCUGCAAACACCAAUUCUGCUAUCUUUGCGGUGUGAAAUGGAGAAACUGCUCUUGUCGUCAGUGGGACGAGCAGGCGCUCCUCGGUCGAGCUCAGGAGAUUGUCAAUCGUGACCCGGGCAAUAGACAUCUGCAGAUUACGGAGCAGCGAAGACUCCUCAUGGCACAAGCCAAUGCACUGCGGGCGAAUCACGAGUGCACCCAUCGAGCUUGGACUUCCAGGCGUGGCGAGUUUCAGUGCGAGACUUGCUAUCAUACCUUGGAUCAGUUCAUCUACGAGUGCAGGCAGUGUCAGAUCAUGGCGUGUCGUCGAUGUCGACGGAACAGAUUAUAA